UCCAAAAAAGGCAUCCAUCUACCUAAAGCUCGAAGCCUCGAACGGUGGAUCUGGAUUAAAUCUGGACUUUGAGGACAUGUUUAUCAAAGUUCGUAUAGUAUAGAUAGAUCUAGGCAAUCUCCUUCCUCAACUAUUAAAAGAGCAGAGACUGAACCGUGUUUUCCAAGUGAAAGCUCACGAGUGAGCAGUAGCUGUGACGUGUGAUCCCACCACGCAACCCAUCCUAACCUACCCUAUCCUAUUCAAUCAACAAAAGUAUCCAACUACACAGAAUUUAUAGCAAAACUCUUCAUUGUCGGUUUAGGUCACUUUCUUUAAUUUCUUCAUUUUCUUUUGUACAUGAAAUAAAUAGAAGAAUUUUUUUUUCCACUUUUUUCUGGGUUUUGUUUAUUUAUUGUUGUAUAUGGAAGACGCAUAGCGUCUGGGAAUUUAUAGGGCUUUGUUAGAAGUUUAAUUGAUAAAUAAUUUGUUGUUGAGGUGGGAUCACUGUAAAAAUAGGAAUAUAUUCAGUAAUUGAAUGGGAAGAAGAGUACUGGCCCAUGAGGAAGUCUUUUAAAGAUUCUCUCAAAGCACUUGAAGCUGAUAUUCACCAUGGAAAUACCCUGGCUUCUGAAUACCCAAGGGAAUACGAGGAUGGUAAAACCACCAUGUCUGUCCAUGAACGAAAAGCUAAUAUAAGGGAGUUUUAUGGUGUGAUAUUCCCUUCUUUACUGCAACUUGAAAAAGGAAUAACAGACAUAGAAGAUAGGAAACAGAAAGAAAUCUGCGCUUCCAAAUACCGAAGGAGAGAUGAGAUGGACAAGGGUAAGUUAUCCGAAACUGAAAUAGAGAGAGAAGAAGAAUGUGGAAUUUGUAUGGAAAUGAAUACCAAGGUUGUCCUUCCCAGCUGCACUCAUUCAUUGUGUGUGAAGUGUUAUACAGAUUGGCAUGCUCGAUCUCGGUCGUGCCCUUUCUGUCGGGAUAAUCUGGAAAGAGUAAAUCCCGAAGAGCUUUGGAUCUAUCCUAGCAGUUCUGAUAUUGUAGAUCUAUCGACAAUUGCACGGGAAAAUCUGAAGAGGCUUUUAAUGUAUAUCAAGAAAUUGCCUCUCAUUGUUCCAGAUCGAACAAUAGUUUCUUACGACCCUAAUUUCCGAUGAGGGGUUGAAAGAACUGGACUCUGUUUUGUGCAUAGGAUUCAUUUGAUUGUAUAUGUGAUCAGUUCAGUUUGUCCACUUUUCUUGUAUGUGCUAGCAAUUGUAAGUGUGUACUUAUUUAUGUUACGUCAAUUAUAAUUGAUUCAUUCUUGUUAAUUUUUAA